GAGGACCCGCAUCCCUUUAGAGAGAGGACCAGCAUCCCGUUACAACAUGGUCAUAUUAAUCUCCACCUGUUUUUCAGAGAUAGUCCGGACUCCCUGCCUGUGUUCCUUGGGGAGAAUGAAGCCAAGAAGGGCUGUACCAUUACGCAGAUGGGGGACAACAUGUUUGCUGCUGUCCAUCUAUUUCUGGGGAGGAAGAGGAAGGAGAGGGGCGGGCGUAAGGAAGGGGGCAAGGCUCUGGAUAACCUGGAGGAGGAGUUAAGAGAGAGGGCGGAGUCUCUGGGCUUUUCCCUGGAGCAGAAGACCAAAGGCAUGAAGCAGAGAGACAAGAAGGUUGUCACCAAGACGUUCCAUGGAGCCGGCCUGGUGGUUCCUGUUGAUCAGAAUGAUGUUGGUUACCGGGAGCUGCCGGAGACAGACGCGAGUAUGAAGAGGCUGUGUAAGGCUAUAGCGGAGGCCAGGGGUGAUGAAGACAGGAUGAAGGCUUUCGGUCCGCUGCAGGAGAUGAUCACCUUUGUCCAGUUCGCUAACGACGAGUGUGACUACGGCAUGGGGCUGGAGCUGGGCAUAGACCUCUUCUGUUAUGGGUCACAGUACUUCUAUAAGGUGAUCAGACAACUGCUGCCCAUGGCCUACAGCCUGCUGAAGAGGGGCCUGUUUGGAGAGAUCCUGGAGGCUCACCUCUCCAGCCGUUCCCACGACAACCUGGACCAACUCACCUCAGCCUGAAGAAUACCACGGGAGAGGAUGACGAGAGAGAGAGAGAGGAAGAGGGAUGGAUUGUUGUCAGCUCUGACCACUGUGUGUUUAUGAGUCUUGUGCUGCUGUCGUUUGAAUGGUACCAGUGGCGUCUCUCUCUGUGUGCAUAUGUUGAAUAAAGGAUUAUAUUUCUAAGA